UAGUUGCACACCCAGGAAGUGUGCUCCUGUGGAACAAUACCAACAACAAGAAGUGACAGACUUUCUGUUUUACAAAACCGUAAGCGUAUGCAUAGUUGAUAUUCUCAGAAUACAGCCGAGGAGCCUCUACAAGGGGUUGAAAAUGUUUUCGGGGCUAAGCGAGCUCGGCAUAUCAAGCGGCGAGGAUCUGAAAGAGACUCUUACCAACUGCACAGACCCACUGAAAGCCAUUGACCAGUUUCAGACGGAAAAUGGCAUUUUGCUGCCAACGCUGCAGUCUGCUCUCCCAUUUCUGGAUCUUCAUGGGACUCCACGACUGGAGUUUCACCAGUCGGUCUUCGACGAAUUGCGCGACAAACUCAUGGAGCGUGUCGCCGCGAUAGCUGAAGGGAAGGAAGAGGACAGAUAUUCCAAACUGGAGGAAUUACUGGAGAAAAGCUUUCCCCUGGUGAAGAUACCUUCAAUCCAGCCGGUAGUUAUGCAGGUUCUUAAACACCUGCCAAAGGUCCCCGAGAAGAAGCUGAAACAGGUGAUGGCCGACAAAGAGCUCUACAAAGUGUGUGCCGUGGAGGUGAAAAGGCAGAUCUGGCAGGACAACCAGGCGCUGUUUGGAGACGAGGUCUCACCUCUACUGAAGCAGUACAUCGUGGAGAAGGAGGCGGCGCUCUUCAGCAGCGACCUGUCCAUACUGCACAACUUCUUCAGCCCUUCGCCCAAGACCCGGCGCCAAGGGGAGGUUGUCCAAAAGCUGACACAGAUGAUUGGGAAGAACGUCAAGCUGUAUGACAUGGUGCUGCAGUUCCUGCGCACCCUGUUCCUACGCACGCGUAACGUCCACUACUGCACCCUGCGGGCAGAGCUGCUCAUGUCCCUCCACGACCUCGACAUCAGUGAGAUCUGCCUCGUCGACCCCUGUCACAAGUUCACCUGGUGUUUGGACGCCUGCAUUCGGGAAAAGUUUGUCGAUGCCAAGCGGGCCCGGGAGUUGCAAGGCUUCCUGGACGGGGUCAAAAAAGGACAAGAACAAGUACUGGGGGAUCUGUCUAUGAUCCUUUGUGACCCGUUUGCCAGCAAUACACUGGUGCUGAGUACGGUCAGAAACCUGCAGGAGCUGCUCAGUCAGGAUGCUCUUCCCAGGGACAGUCCAGACCUGCUGUUGCUGCUGAGAAUGCUGUGUCUCGGCCAAGGUGCCUGGGACAUGAUCGACAGCCAAGUGUUCAAGGAGCCUAAACUGGAGCUAGAGGUGGUGACGCGCUUCCUGCCUGCCAUGAUGUCCAUCGUGGUGGACGACUACACCUUCACGGUGGAGCAGAAGCUGCCCAGCGAGGAAAAGACCUCUGUUGCCUACCCCACUACUUUGCCUGAAACAUUCACCAAAUACCUCCAGGAGAACCGAGUUGCCUGUGAGAUGGGUCUGUACUAUGUGCUCCACAUUGCCAAGCAGAGGAACAAAAAUGCACUGCAGAGGUUACUUCCUGCUUUAGUGGAGACUCACAACGACGCUGCGUUCGGUGACAUCUUUCUGCAUCUCCUGACCGGACACCUGACGCUGCUCUCGGACGAGUUUGGAUCGGAAGAGUUCUGCACCGCCGUUUAUGACGGAUUUCUCCUCACGUCCUGUUCCAGCAAAGAGAAUGUGCACAGACACACCCUCCGCCUUCUGAACCACCUCAGUGUGAAGGUGCAGCCCACUGUCAUGGAAACUCUAGUGAAGACCUUGGAGCCUCCUAAACAGUGCAGUGACCCAGUGAAGGAGCUGUACACACAGCUGACGGAGAAGCUGGAGGCCCAGAAGAAGAGCCCCCCAGAGCCCGAGGAGGCGGCCCCCUCUUCCCUGGACCUGGGACUGCACCCCAUCACCGUCCCCCCCACCACGCCCACCACCCCCAUCUGAGGGCCCACUACAUCCAUAUGAUUUCCCACCACUCUCCAUAUGAGGGCCCCCUGUUCCAUAUGAAUUCCCACCACUCUCCAUACGAGGGCCCAUUAGCCUGCUAUGAGGAGCCACCACACCCCUCUGUGGGCCCACUACAUCAAUAUGACUUCCCACCACUCUCCAUAUGAGGGCCCAUUAGCCGGCUCUGAGGAGCCACCAGCCACAUAUGAUUUCCUCCCCCCCUCCCCCUUUAUGAGGACCGUUUUAACCCCCAUGGAAGGGCCCAGCCUGCUCUGGAUAUCGCCCACCAUCCUGAUUGUACCGCCUGCUCUGUGGGCCCACCACUCAGCCCCCCUGGGGGCCACCCGGCUCCCUCCUCUCUCUGCACCAUGCACCUCAUCACCAUCAUCAUCUCCAUCCCCACCACGCACAUCUGAGAUCCCAGCACCCGUACAUCAGGGCCCCACCAUCCCCGAUAUGAGAUCCCCACUACCCCCAUAUGAGGACACAGCCUGCUCUUAAGAUCCACCACUCUAUUUUUGAUCACCCACCUCACCGAUUGAACCACCUGGCGCCUAGACUCUGCUCUGAGUGCCCACCCAUGCAUGAGUAGGACAAAGUCCCAGGUGGCCGCCAAACCUGGUGUGCAUUUCCCAACAUGGCAGUCGCUAGCAUGUGGUAGCCAUUGCUGUGACUUGCAAUGCAAAUGGACAUUGCCAAUCAGCUAUGGUGCUAAAUGGCUAGCCACUAUGGUGCUGGGAAAUGCACUCCUUGGACAGCUGUGCUAAAACUGAGACUGGAGAUGCCACAUCUCACGUGUCACACGUCAGACUGUCCAAACAGCAGGCAAUCUCAUGACAUUGAGACAAUAAUCAGUGGGAUGUAUUUUUUAAAGGACUGUGGAGCUCCUGUUUGUUUCUUUUUGUAUGUUUUCUAAAAUUAUAUUUUAAAUCUUUUUUUGUCAUUCUUAAUUACAGGGGUCAAGGAGAAAUGUUUCAUUAUUGUGUGUUUUUAUUAUUUCAUGAAAAAGUAGGCUCAUUUAAUUGUUGUAUAUGUUCAAAGUAUAUUUUCGUAUGUGCGUUGUUAAGACUGAAUUUUCUUCUAUGUGCGAAUUGUGUCUGUGGCACAGCGAGCUGUAAAUAAAGUAACUGUAGUAAA